AUGUAAACAUCAGAUAAUACAAAAGCAUCACGUAAAGGAUUGGGAUUGCUUCUUAAUUAACAUCAUCGUUAACAUUUUUCAGAAGACUUUUAAAGACCACAAUAACUAGGAACUCCUCGAUCUUAUAUACAAGCCUUGCCAAAGAUGAGUACUCAAUUUAACUCAGUGAGUACAACAAACUCAAACACUAGAAAAUUGAUAAGUGCAGAAAGACCAACUAUUACUAUAGCAGAAGAACAAGAUUCAUAUGGUUACAAAUAGUCUGACUAAUUAGAUGAAGAACUCUUAGUAAUUAUUUAUUAAAAUGCAGCGAAUUCGUGAAAUGCAUGAAAUUCUUAAAUCUAGGUGUAGCACUUUAGAUUUAUUAAUCUCAGUCAUUGGUGGUAAAGAGUUUGUCCAUAAUAUUAAAAAUCAAACUACUUUGUAGAAAAUUCAAGAAUUGUUAAAAAGCAUUUCUUAAACUUUAUAACAAUCAGCAAAGACUGAAAUUGAAUUAGGCUUCAAGAUGAGAGAAAUAGAGAGGAAGAAUAGUAUUUUAAUUAACUUAUGGUAGUUAAGUAUUCAUCAUUAUAAAUGAAGUAACUGAAAUUAUCAGAUAAAAAUCAAUCUCUUCAAAGUGUAAUUGAUGUACAUAGUUAAAAGACUAAUAAAUUAUUAGAUGAGAAUUCUAAAUUAUAAAAACAACUAAAAUAAGAGAGAAAAUUGAAUGCAUCUAAUUCUAAGAAAAUUUCUGCUUUAGAAAAAAGAAUAGAGUUUUUAUUAGAAAAUGAUGUUAAUUCAGCUUUGAAUCCAAAUGAUAAAUUAAGAAGCAGUCUAAAUGAAUUACUAAAAGAGAAUGAAUUAAUAAAGAGAGAGUUUGAACACAAGAAGCAAGAAUUAGAGAGAAUUUAAGGAAAGCUUAAUUAAUAUACAUAAUUGGUAAAUAGAUUACAGAAGACAAUAGAUAAUAUGAGAAAAAAAAAUUAAGAUGAUAUAGGGAAAGAUGAAAAAUCUGUAUUUAGAAAAGAUGACAUAGAUUUAUUAGUUAAUUUUAGAAUACCAUAGACUUUAGAUUUCAGAGUUGUAAGUUAAAGAUUAAAUAAUUAACAUUUAUUAAAUGAUCUUACAGACAAAGGUGUUUUAGCAACUUGUUAACAUAAUUUUACAUUACCUGUAGAAUCCUAAAAAGAACAAUUUUAAAUAAUAGCUUAAUAAUUAUUAUCUUAUAAAGAGUUCGCUGAAAAGAUGAAUUAAUUUUUUUUUUAUAUGGAGUAAUUUAGCAAAUGCAUUCUUUUUGAAGAUGUAAAAUAAAAUAUUAAUUCAAUAGAUAAUACAUUAGGUUAAUAGAGUAUUACCAUAAGUAUUUGGAUGUGAAUAAGUAAGAUUAUGGUUAAUUGAUGGAAUGAAUGGGACAAUAUUUACUUAUUUAGAAACUGGUAAUUAGAUUAGAGCAUUAUAACAUAAAGGUUAAGUUGCUGAUGUUUUUAAAUUAAGAGCAGCAUAAAAUAUUUCAUAGGCAUCAUAAAAACCAUUAUUAUAUAGAAUCAAUGAUUCUGAAUAAGCUGAUUAUGCUAGAAAUGCUUUAUUAUUACCUUUAUUUUGUGAAAGUAAUGAUGCUAUAAGAGGUGUUUUAGAAGUAACAAAUACUGAAAAUGAAUUCUUUUCUUUUGAUGAAGAAUAUUUUGGUAUUUUAGCAUCUCAUCAACUUGGACAUUUAUUAUAAAGACUAAUUGAUAAGUAUAUAAUUUUGAUUAUUUAAGUUAAUCUUGGUUAAUUACAUAAAAAUAUAGAGGGAUGAUGAUGGACGGCUUUACAAAUUUAAUGAAAAGUUAAAGUAAACAAGAAUUCUCUUCUAGAGUUUAAUUAAGUCUUAGUUAAAUAUUUGGAUUCUCUUAAGUGUUGUUUUACUUUUUUGAAGACAAUUAACUUAUAGAUUACAGUACUUAAGAGAUUAAAAAAUAUGAUGUAUAAUAUGGAUUAGCAGGAAUGGUGGCCUAUACAAAAUAAAAGUUAAUAAUAAAUGAUGUAAAAAACUCUAUUCAUUUCAAUCAAGCUGUAGACAUUAAAUCUAUAUUACCAAUAUUUGCCCAACCGUUAUUAGAUAAAAAUAAUAAUACAGUAGCCGUUAUUGAAGUAAUAUACAUUAAUCAAAUUAGACUUGUUUAAAAUGUAAACUAAAAGUUUAGGUAGAGAAAGAUUAAUUAUUAUCACCAAGUGAAGGUUUUUUAGGAAUGGAAGAACCAUUAACUAAAUAACUUGCUCAUUUUGUUGAUAUAAUAGUAGCAGCCUUGUGUAAUAUAAGAUUCUGAUUUUAAUUAUUUAUAUCAUAUAAGACAUGGG